GGGGGGUUAAGCGAAUGGCUCGUUCAGUUCUAACCGAACGCUGCAACCGUUACGACCGUACCGUCGGUCAUUACGACCGCAUCCUCUUUAAAACUCCCAACAGCCCUGGUGUUGACGGUCGCCUGAGUGUGUGUGUGUGUUAGUUCGCGUGUUCGUACAGAGUGACCAACAUCGCCCGUCGCCGUCGGUCAUGUGAUUGCGCGGGUACAAGCUCGCACUAAAACACCGAGAGCGAGAGAAAGAGAGUUGUUCUGCUAGGCGCCAGUUAGUCAGAACCGUUAGUGGUGCUCGGUUCGGAAGUCCGGGCCGCGACGCGUGCCAACACCGAUCUCUCGAGCCCUUAGUCACGUCACUGUCAAGGUUAGGGACAAGCGCGAUAGUUGACCGGGCCGUGUGCAGCAGUGCAGACUGCAGUGAAAGCGAUCCGAAUGGAUACCGGCACGGCCAGUGGUGGCGCCGCUACCGGCGUCACGUGGACAGUCCCGGGACAAGUCGGGCUGGUCCAGGGACUGGCCGCCAAUCACUCAACCGGCGAUGAUACCGAGCCGCCAGAGCGUCCAGCGGAGUUGCGUGAAAAGUGGGGCCGCAGUAUCGAGUUCCUGCUCUCCUGCGUGGCGCUCUCGGUCGGUUUCGGUAACGUAUGGCGUUUCCCGUACACGGCGAUGGAAAACGGUGGUGGAGCCUUUCUGAUCCCCUAUCUGAUCGUGCUGCUGCUCGUGGGCCGUCCGAUCUACUACCUCGAGAUGGUGAUGGGCCAGUUCUCGAGCCGUGGUUGCGUUAAGGUGUUCGAUUUGGCACCGUUGAUGCGUGGUGUCGGUAUCGCGCAAACGCUCUCGCUGGUCGUCAUCCUGGGCUACUACGCGGCCAUACUGGCCAUUGCGGUUCGGUACUUUAUCGCCUCGUUCUUCGAUCCCUUGCCCUGGGUACGGUGCGAGCCGCUGUGGGAUGGUUGCGUCGAUUCGGACUUUCGAGGGCAUGUGGUCAAUGGUAGUGUGCGGCCAUCGGCCGAGUUCUACUUCAAUCGUAACAUAAUACACAGCCAUAAGACGCUGGAUGAGGGCUUGGGCAGUCCCGAUUGGCAACUGGCCCUUUGUCUGCUGUUCUGUUGGGUUUGCAUCGCCGUGGUGCUGCUCAAGGGGAUAAGAAGCUCCGGAAAGGCUUCCUACUUUCUGGCCAUCUUCCCGUACGUCAUUCUGCUGGUUCUGCUCAUCCGUACGAGUACUCUGGAGGGUGCCGGAGCUGGUAUAAGCAAGCUAUUUACGCCACAGUGGGAGAAACUUUUGGAAGUGAAGGUUUGGUACGCAGCGGUGACCCAAUGCUUCUUCUCACUUACCAUCUCCCUCGGUGCAGUGAUCGUGUUCUCGUCGUACAACAAUUUCAACAACAACAUCUACCGCGAUGCGAUGAUCAUCUCAUGGCUCGACACCUUCACCUCGAUCCUCUCCGGUAUCGUGGUGUUCGGUACCGUCGGUAGCAUUGCGCACGUGACCAAAACUAAGAUGGAAGAUAUGAAACUGGACGGUCCGGAGCUCACCUUCAUCACCUACCCGGACGCCAUCGCCAAAUUCGAUGCGGCUCAAAACGUUUUCGCGGUGCUCUUCUUCCUGAUGUUCUUCCUGCUCGGGCUGGGCAGCAACACCGGGAUCGUUACCACGAUAGUGACCGCCGUACGGGACCGUUUCCCUCGGAUCGCCAACUGGAAGGUGGUCAUCGCGGUGUCCCUAUACGGAUUUGCCUGCGGUCUUCUCUACAUCACCCCGGGCGGUCUACUGUUGCUCAAAGUGGUGGACAAAUACGGUGUGACCCUGACCACCCUGACGCUGGUCAUACUGGAAAUCAUUACCUUUUGUUGGAUCUACGGUGUCGAGCGGAUCACGACGGACAUCAAGUUUAUGCUGGGCCGUUCCACUGGAUUCUUUUGGCGCAUCUGCUGGAGCUUCCUAACGCUCGGUAUCAUCUUUGCCAUCUGGUUGUUUAGCUUCAUCGAUUUCAAGCCGGAAAACGUGCCAUUUGGUUAUAACGCAUUCGGAUGGUGUCUGUUCUCCUUCAUUAUGCUGCAAGUUGUGGGCUGGGGGCUCUACGAAGUUAGCACGCAGCACGAGAGAGGAUUUUGGAGAAAGGUAGCGAGUGCCACGAAACCAACCGCCGAUUGGGGUCCCGAAGAAGCAACUACCAGGAGACUGUACCAAACGGAGAUCGCGACUGCCGCGCGGUAUAAAUGGACUGGCAAGGAUUUCUUGAAAACUGCUUUCUGCAAAUUUCUACCCAAAACCAUCGUAAUCUCGGGGGAUACGCGCAAUGGACGGUGGUCGUGUUAUCGUAGUAGGCCCAGUAUUACUCCCUGCGAGUGUGCGAGUGCGGUGCGUUUGUGUACGAGGAUCAAACGUGAUAGAGAACCAGUCUGGACCAGAACCAGGAUAACGCACGGGGCAGAAGUAGUCAUGGAAAACCAAGCGUUUCGCGUCACCAAAGGCGAAUCGCCCGUCGAUAAUGGCUCCGAUUUGUCGCAAAUGGAAUCGAACACGACGAUCGAAACGGAUAGCGAUACGAAGACCAUCACCGCGACGAGCCGCGACAAGUGGGGGAAAGACAUCGAGUUUAUGCUGUCCUGUAUCGCCUACUCCGUCGGAUUCGGUAACAUCUGGAAGUUCCCGUACACGGCGCUCAAGUAUGGGGGCGGUGCCUUCCUGUUGCCGUACCUGAUCGUCCUGUUCGUCGUCGGGCGUCCGAUCUACUAUCUGGAGAUGGUGCUCGGUCAGUUCUCGAGCCGUGGUGUCGUGAAGCUGUACGAUCUGGCACCGGGCAUGCGCGGUAUCGGAGUGGCCCAGACAAUCGCCAUGUUUGUGGUGAUGACGUACUACGCACCGGUGCUGGGCAUUACGUUCCGCUAUCUGGUGGCUUCCUUCAGCAGCACGCUGCCCUGGAGCGUAUGCGAUCCUAGCUGGACCAACUGCUUAAACUCUUCGUUUGUUGGACAUCGAAAUAGCACGAACGCCACCAGUUCGAGUCAAUCGUCGGCGGAACUGUAUUUUAACAUUGACAUUACCCACAAGGCAAAGCUGGCCGAAAAUGGGCUCGGUGCCCCCGACUUGUGGUUGUCGCUGUGCUUGCUGUUUUCCUGGGUCGUCGUUGCUACGAUACUAAUCCGUGGGGCGAAGAGUACCGGUAAAGCUUCCUACUUCCUGGCCAUCUUCCCCUACAUCAUUAUGGUUGUGCUGCUCGUCCAAACACUGAUGUUGGAGGGUGCCUGGAAUGGAAUCUGGUUCUUUUUCAAGCCGCAGUGGAAAGCACUGCUGACCGUUGAGGUUUGGUACGAGGCCGUGACGCAGUGUUUCUUCUCGCUGUCCGUUUGCUACGGUGGUAUCGUCGCGUACUCAUCCUUCAACAAUUUUCGCAACAAUGUUUACCGGGACGCCGUCAUUAUAUCCUGGCUCGACACGUUUACCUCCAUCAUUGCCGGGUGCAUCGUGUUCGGGGUGAUCGGUAAUUUGUCGCUUAUGAACGGUCAGGACAUUCAGGAGCUGGCCAAGGAUGGUCCGGGCCUAACCUUCAUUACCUACCCGGAUGCGAUCGCCAAGUUUCAGGUCGUGCCGCAAGUGUUUGCCAUCCUGUUCUUCCUGAUGCUGUUCAUCGUCGGUGUCGGCAGCAAUCUGGGCGUCACCACCAGCAUAAUCACGGCGAUCCGCGAUCAGCGUCCCGAUCUGAAGCAUUGGGUUGUGGUGGUUGGUAUUGCUACGAUCGGAUUUUUCCUCGGUCUGCUCUACCUAACGCCCGGUGGCUUCGAGUUUCUUGACGUCAUGGACGGCUUCGGGGCCAAGUACAUCUCACUUACGUUCGCCGUGUUCGAGCUGGUGACCGUUGCCUGGAUUUACGGUGUCGAUCGGAUUUGUCGCGAUAUUCGGUACAUGCUGGACCGGAGCACGUCACUCUACUGGCGGUUAUGCUGGGGUUUGAUCGCUCCGAUCGCCACAAUGAUUAUUCUCGUAUACAGCUUGUUCGAGUUUAAGCUGCCAGAGGUUCCGUGGGGAUACAAUGCUCUUGGUUUCAGUAUUUUCGUAAUUGCUGUGUUACAGCUACCUGCUUGGUACUUGUACGCCAUUUACUGUCGACGGCGCCGUCAUGAUGAAUCGCUGCGGAAGGCUGCAUGGAACGUGCUGAAGCCGCUGACCAGCUGGGGACCGGAGAAUGAUAGUCUGCGAGCGAUCUAUCGCACCGAGGAGGAACAGGCCCAGGUUAAGGAGGUGUUCCCACCUAGCCUAGGUCAGCGUAUCCGGAAGCGUAUGUUUAAUAUGAGUUGAACGGGCAGCUUUUCCGGAGUAUGUACUCCGUAAAUCGGAAUCGACUAAAAAUUAGUUUUAGCGAUUUAACGAUCCCUUUCUUUAACUAGAUGCGUAGCUGCCAUGUAUUAGCCAGCGGUUAGUCCAAUGCACUAUAGCUUGUGUUCAGAAUGUAACAGAUAAGUUUGGCAAUCUCUAUUUAUCUAAAUUAUUGUAAAGUGCAAGCUGAGGUGAGGCAUAGAGCAUUUAUAUCGUUCAUUUUUUUUCACAACCCUUCAUUUCACUCUCAUCCGUCUUCUGCUCACACAAAUGUCGUUUAUCUGCUCGGCAACACCCACGAGUGUUGGGACGAAAAUCAUUCCAAAUGUUUACUUCUGCGCCGCUUUCGCUCUCGAAAUUUAAUAUCCCGCCAUCGAAACUGCUAACACUAGAAUGUUGAUCUCUGGAUUGAAGCAAAAGUAGACUUUACUCUCGUUAUUGUUUUUUUGUUUUUGUUUUUGUAAAAAAACCGGCUGAAACAAGAUUAACAUAGUAACAACAUUCGUAGAGAUUAUGUAAAAAAAAAGGAUAAUAAAUCAUUUGAUGACAAAUACUGA